UACUUCCCAAUGGAAAGUUGAAAGUAUAACACAAGUACUGAAGUAGGUGAAUUCAAAUCCAGGAGCAAUCCUACAGCUUCUCCGCAAUCAUGUCAAGUGUACCACAACAUCAGCAGAAAAGUACAAACAUGGAGGAGAUAAAGAAGGGAGCAUGGUCUCCAGAGGAAGACCAAAAGUUGAAAUCUUAUAUCAUCAGAUAUGGCAUUUGGAAUUGGAGUCACAUGCCCAAAUUUGCAGGGCUUUCAAGAACUGGGAAAAGUUGUAGACUUAGAUGGAUGAACUACCUCCGCUCUGAUGUUAAGAAAGGACCCUUUACCAUGGAAGAAAGAGAAAUAGUCAUCAAAUUGUAUCAGGAACUUGGAAGUAGAUGGUCAACUAUUGCAGCAAAAUUGCCUGGAAGAAGUGACAACGACGUUAAAAACUUCUUCUACACACAUUUAAAGAAGCAUAUGGGCAUGAAAAAUGAUGCCUUACUGAAGUCUAAGGCAAGACGCAAAAGGGUGGAGAAACCCCAGAAAAGUGUUGGGAAGAUAAAUGCAGAAAAAGCUCAAGAAAGACCCGUAUUAUUUCUGGCUAUUAAUAAUCUAACGAUAGGAAAAUCCAGCAACAACAGCUUGACAUCACCUGAUGUUUCUUCAUCCUGCAGCAGCAGCAUUAUUACAUUCGGGGAAAACCAAAAGAUGAAUAUUGAAAUGGAAAACACGGUUAUCUUGGAGAGCAAUCCUGAAAUUUAUCAGUCUGAUUGUUUGAGUAUUGAGUCAUUGGAUCAGUUCGAUACGAGUUCAUUCUGGUUUAUCUACUUAAUGAUGCCCAUCGUCUUAUUUUAUGAAAGAUUAAUUAGAAUCUGCGACCUCCAGAGACAGAUCCAAAAUUUGAUCUUUAUGGGUUCGAGUUCACGACUUUACUGCAGCCUAUUGUUUUAGUGGGUUCAAAAUCUAUAAUAUUUACUGAAUUUAUAUACCGGUAUUACUGGAUUCAGAUGAACUCAUAAAUAUUAACACUAUAUUCUCCCCUGGUUGCUUCGUAUUAGUAGUAUGCUUUCCCCAAUGGCAGAAUUGAUAUACAAUAUAAAUGAUUUUUACAAUGUUUUUGCUAUGUUAUGACAUCUGUUAAUGUGAAUUACUACUAUGUGUACUUUGACAACAUGAGAUGCUAUUACGUUCGAUAAGAAAUG